AUGGAGUCCCAGGCCGCGAUGCUCCUGGAUCCCAAAGCCUAUAAAAAGCGACUCCAAAGCAAUGGUAACGAUCCUGCUCCCCCUGUUCUCCCCAGAACUCCUCACCAAGCAUACCUGCAACCCUCCGACAACAUGUCACGGGCCCUAGAUGGAAACCCUGCUUCUACUCCCCUCGACUUCAUGGGCCUGGGCCCGGCUAGACCAUGUGACUUACCUUCUGCAGGCGCUUCUCAACAAAAUAUAAACCGAUCUCCCCUCACUUCUACGCAACAAAUGGCCCCGCCAGGAACUGUGCCUGUUUUCCGUUCCCACAAGAAUGAAUCUCGGGUUCCGUCCAUUGCAACUACUCCAGCAACUUCGAGCCCCGCACCGAGCCAGGCACCCAAGUUCGAUUCCGAUUUAGCUGUGCAGUUUACCAGUGUGAACGACGAUGGCAACGAAAGUGAUGCGAAGCGCAGCUAUCACGAUAUCAGUGACGCCGAUGAUGCUCGUCCACGGAAUCUGAUCGAGGGCGUCUACGAUGUGGAGCAGCGGAGACGGCAGCCCUUGGUCAAGAAACCGAAGCUGGAGGAUGAAGACUCGAAGGAUGCUCUCACGAAAAGGCCGGUUGCUAUUCCCAGUGACAGCGGUCUUGGCCAGUUUAUGAAAGAGGGCGAGGCCCAGCCAACCCUGCCAGUCCCCACGGCAGAUGUGGUGGACUUGACAGCAUCUGUCUCAAAUGACGAUGACGAUCUGCAAGUCACUGGAUCCAAUGAUUUGAGCAACCAACGGGUAUGCUUUGGAAAGGUUGAGAAUGCCAUGAUCAACGCGAGUCUGGUGCCAAAGCCGCUUGCUAACCCCAUUUUUGGGGAUGAAGCGAAUACGUGGCCUACCAUGAGACUAUAUGUGCUACGUCAGCAGCGUAACGACUUUAUUAUCGAAGUCGCGGAUCCCCACAAGAAAAUCUUUGGCGUGGUAGAUGCCAAAACCGCGCAAGCUCUAUGUCCCUUGCUGGACUCCCCAAGUGUGCCUUUGGAAAUCACGGCUCGCCUCGACAUGCGCAAGAAAAUUCCAGGAGAAGUCAUCUGGGGUGCCACCUCUGGCAUAUACCGAGCGUCGCUUAUUCUCUACGGUCAGCGGCGACAUGCAGCGCUUAUCGGUAACCAUAUGGGUCAAAAGAAUGUCUGGCUGGGCACACCCCAGUUCGUCGAAAGUGGCGUGCCGUUAUUCAACCCACAUGCAGAGCGAAGGCAGGCGUUGGCGGCUGCGGCUGCAGCAAGCAACAACUCCCGUGACCGACCCGGACAAGGUAUGCGAUUCGAAGUUCGCACGGCCGAGGAGGUAAAUGAUGCCGUCAUGAAGAUGUUCGAUCAACUCGUAACUGCCGAUAUACCGUCAAUGGAGCCUCCCUCCCAGGUUAAGACCCCGCUUCUGCACCACCAAAAGCAAGCACUCUGGUUCAUGACACAGAAGGAAAAGCCUCGCACAUUUGGACCGAAAGAAGAAGACAACAAUUCGCUGUGGCGUGUUGAAAUACAGUCCAAUGGAAGCAAACGAUACAAGGACAUCAUCAGUGGCGUCGUCGUUGAUCAAGAACCCCCACAGGUCCUGGGCGGCCUUUUGGCUGACAUGAUGGGUCUAGGAAAGACUCUAAGCAUUCUUUCUUUGGCUCUUUCUUCGCUCAAAGAAUCUCGCGAAUGGACCAGGCAGAUGCCUGACCGCCAUCUUGUUCGACAAACUCCAGGAAUCCGCAACACCAAGACGACUCUCUUGGUUGUGCCACUCAGUGCUGUCAAUAAUUGGGUGGUUCAAAUCAAAGAGCAUGUCAGGCCGAGGACCUGCACAUGGUACGUCUAUCAUGGUACGAAUAGGAAAACUGACGUAGAUGAGCUCGCCACCUAUGAUUUCCUGAUCACCACGUAUAGCACAAUCCUGAGCGAAUAUUCGGGUAGGGGUGCCAAGCGCGGAAGCCCCUUGAAGAAAAUGAAUAUGUUCCGGAUUGUCUUGGACGAAGCACAUAUCAUUCGUGAGCAGGGGGCUCAGCAGACCAAGGCAAUUCUCAACCUCUGCUCGCAACGUCGGUGGUCAGUCACAGGCACACCCAUCCAGAAUCGCCUGGAGGAUCUACUUUCGGUCACUAAGUUCUUGGAUCUCUUCCCUUACAACGACCGUGCCCGCUUUGGCCAGCACAUCUUGAGCCCCUUCAAGACUGGCAACCCCACCGUAUUGGCCAGCCUACGUGUGCUGGUGGACUCUUUCACGCUGCGCCGUGUCAAAGACCGGAUUGACCUUCCGCCUCGGGAGGACAAGAUCAUCACCUUGGAAUUCUCGGAGAAGGAGCAUAAGUUGCAUGAAUUCUUCCGUAACGAAUCACAGGUCAUGAUGCGCGUUAUCGCAGGGGAAAGUAAGACGAAGAUGGGUGGCCGCAUGUACCAUCAUGUGCUUAAGGCUAUGAUGAUUUUGCGUCAGAUUAGCGCUCAUGGAAAAGAACUGCUUGAUGUUGAAGAGCGCGAAAGAAUCAAGGGCAUGAGUGUUCAUGAUGCGAUCGAUCUGGAAGAAGGUGUCACUGAUGACAGUUUGACUGGGAUGAACAAGAAAGCCUACGAAAUGUUCAUGCUUAUGGGGCAAGAUGGAGUACCACCUUGCCAAAUUUGCAACAAUCCCUUGUCUGAGCCUCUCACCGGGUCAGGAGCUGUGGACCGUGAUGCACCGAUGGCCAUUUUCCUGCCAUGCUGGUGUGUUCUCUGCCCCGACUGUUUUGCCGGCUGGAAAAAUGUCUUUGAUUCAACUCCUGAGUCGGAAGCUCAAUGCCAGGUUUGUGAUGGUUGGAUUCCAAUGAACUAUGCCACCAUCACCGCAGGUGGCAUUGAAGACCAACAGGUGCAAGCAAGCGCCAAGAAGACAAGCAAAAUGCUUGGUGAAUACGAGGGCCCGCAUACAAAGACUCUUGCGCUCGUUGAAUAUCUGCAAAGAAUUGCCGAUGACAGCAAGCUGCUGGUCGGUGAAGCUCCUAUCAAGAGUGUCAUCUUCUCAGCCUGGACUUCCCAUCUAGAUUUGAUUGAAAUCGCUAUUCGUGACAAGGGGCUCGGUAAAUUUGUACGUCUUGACGGUACCAUGACUCUUCAAGCGCGUGGGAAAGCCCUUGAGGCCUUUGCCAAGGACAACGAAAUCACCAUGCUUCUGGCCACCAUCGGCGCUGGUGGUGUUGGUCUCAAUCUGACCUCGGCAUCUCGGGUUUUCAUCAUGGAACCUCAGUACAACCCGGCUGCGGUUGCCCAGGCCGUGGAUCGAGUUCAUCGACUGGGUCAGCAUCGCCCUGUUGAAACAGUGCAAUUCAUCAUGAAAGGUAGCAUCGAGGAGAAGAUCCUUGAGCUUGCCAAGAAGAAGCAGCAGCUUGCCGACAUGUCCAUGAACCGCGGCAAGCUCGACAAGCGCGAAGUGCAGGAGGCACGCAUGCGGGAGUACCGCAGCCUAUUCAAAUAG